GAAAACACAUUGGCACAACUGUAGUAAGGUAUGUGGUUUGGACAUGCAGAUGAGCAGCACCCCGUCCUCCCCGUCGGGUUAUAAGCUCAACAGCACCCACAUGAUUCCUCCACUGCUGCUCCCCAAGGAGGAGUUCCCCUCAGUGCUGGUUGUGGAGGCAAGCAGCAUCGACCUGGUCAUCCUCAGAAGAUUCCCUCCCCUGCAAUAUUUCCUGCGGUUUCCGGAAAUCCUUCAACCAGGAUUUCAGAAAAACCUGAGAACUUUUGGGAAAUGUUGGGGAUUUUACUUUUCAUACUCAGCUACAUUGGCGAGGGCUACUCUCAGGCCCUGGAGGCAAUGGAGGAAUCCAUGACAACGGUCUACAGCCAGCUCAGUGCUCAGAGGCUCCUCCCCUUCCCCUCGGCUGGCCAACUUGCGGCCGUCAAAGUGAAGAGGGGUGAGGAGGUCGCCAGGGCCCAGGUCUGUGAGGUCAUGACUGACAAAAGUCAAGGUGUACUAGGUGGAACAUGGCUUCUCUGAGGUCCUCAGUAGAACCACACUAUUGGAGCUGCAGAAAGACUUCUUCAAGCUGCCCUUCCAGGUGGCUACCGGUCUACUAGCUGGUAACCAAGUUCAACUCCCAUUUCCCCCAUUUCUUCUGAGCGUUGCAACUAUAAUGUGUCUCCUGAAAAGGAUUCGUUGGAAAGACGAGUUGGGAUUUGUGUGAUGGAGAAUACAAGCAGAGCUUGAAGCUGGACGAGGCCAAGCUGGUGCACAUCUACCUGUUUACCUCUCAGGGCUCCCAGGAUGUCACCAACAGUGUUAACCACCAGAUGGUGACCUCUGACCUAUGGAAGCACCCCGCCUUCCCCGGACCCCAGAAGGACGGCCUCCCUACCCCCAGUUUCCUCGACACCAUGGUCGCCAACAUGGUGGAUCAGUUUACCCUCGACAGCCCAGCCUGCAGCCCUAUCCCUGUCUCCACCAAGACCCCCAGCCCUCUGGAGGGUGCCGGGGACACGUCAAAACUGCUCACCCCCACUUUGGUCACCUGCACUUGGGGAGAGAAGCAGCUGGCGCUGACCCAUCUCAUGGAGCUUCCCCAGGCGGGCCAGAACAUGGACGUCUACGUGUCUGUGGCCUGUCACCCGGGACACUUUGUGCUGCAGCCGUGGCAGGACCCGUACAAGCUGAUGGGAGAGAUGGUCCUUUACAACAACCAGAGGGAGGAGACGCCGGGGCCGGAGAUGAACAGAAAGGGCCAGGCCAAGGUGGACCAUAAGUGAGUGGACAGAUUAGGGCCUGGAGGCCUCCACAGUUUUUUUGAUUUUAUACAAAUGAAAAAAGCCAGUCACACACUUGUCUCCGGAAUGAAGUCUGACUUCAUUGUGUUUUUAGUCCUCGCUGAUUUAUGGGCUUUGUUUGGUUUCGUUUUCACAUGGCUGAGGCAAUAUAACUGUUAGAGAAGAAGCGGAGCUUCCCUGGGACAGGAAGGCGAUUGGUUGAGUCAUUUAUUGAAUUUAUUUGAGAAUGACAAAAAUAAAUAAAUAGCCAGUAGCGACAUAUAUUUAAAAAAGGAUAACACAAAGUCACUGGUUGCAUCUGAAAGGGCACCCUAUUCCUUACGUAGUGCACUGCUUUUGACCAGGCCCCAUUUCAGAGGAGACAGACAUCUGGGUCCACAACGUCAUGGCUGACUUCCCAGAGGAGCUGAGUACCGCCCCGUAGCAACAACAGAGCGGUACGAUCCUUGUUUCAGCAGGAUGUUGUAUCUAUACCUUAUGUCAUGCCUUAUUGGAAUGGAUUUAUUGAUAAUAUCUGUUGGAAAAAAGUUUGGAUGUU